AAUCGGGAGCUUUCAAACCCCGCAGCAGUCAGUCGGCAGCCGCCCGUGCUGUACCAACCGGGGGUGAUAUUUUCCGCUCUCGCAAAGUUCGUCUCUCCCGACACCAUUGUAAAAAAAAGACUUGACACGGGCUCGUGACGUGUAGUAACCGGCAGAUUUACAACGAACAUAGAGAACGGAGUCUUCCUUCGCAAAACGCGCGGACACCCCUCGUCCGCCUCGUCGACGAUUGUCUGACUAUAUAUUCGCAAAAACUGCGGGGGAUGCGAGACACGGUGACGGGCGAUGACGAGACAAGCGUGGGGGUCGAGAUUCCUCCUCGUUCUGGCGACGAUCACGAUCGUUAUCGCCAAUUAUCAGCGACAUCGCGACAGAUCACACCUGCGCGAGCAGCUUGUUAACGGCCACAAAAUCACCAGGAAUAUCACUCAACUGCAAGAGGAGAUAACCGCCAAUCUGCCUCCUUUGCGAGUCCCGCGUUUGCGGCAUCAUCGUGUCACAGAUUGGAAUCCGUACUUCGAGAAUGCAGACGGCCAGGGUAUCAACGGAUCGCAGAAUGUGGCGCUGCAUCUUGGCGCGACAGCCCUUCUCGACUGUCGCGUGGCCAUGCUCUCCGGCAAAAAGGUCAUGUGGCUGCGACGGAACGCCGACUGGCCAUCCCUUUUGACUCUCGAUAACACUACUCAUAUAUCGGACUCGAGAUACAGCGUGAGAUUCCAGUAUCCGAACAACUGGAGACUGGCCAUCUCCGGCGUGCGAAGGGAGGAUCACGGAGUGUACGUCUGCCAAGUGAACACACACCCGCCGCGGAUGCUGGUCACGAACGUCACCGUUCUCGCGCCGGAUAUUAGAAUCGUCGACGAAGCCAGACACGAGCUGCGAGACCGAUACUACAAGACCGGAAGCGGUAUCGAGUUAUCGUGCGUCGUCCGACCAUCCUGUCCCGACUCGAGAGUACCGUAUCCCGUCUGGCGGAAAAAUGGUGAGAUGUUGCCGGAUCACGUCAACGUUUAUCACGUUAAUGGAUCGAACGAGGACGUGAUAACAAGAGUCUACAUCGAGCGAGCGAAAAAGACUGACAGCGGAGAGUAUACGUGCUCAGUGAGCCAAUUCAGCACGACCGCGGUGCACAUUCACGUCCUAAAUGGUGAAAAACAAGCUGCGGUACAUCACGACCAAUGGAAUGCAGCGCGCGCCGCCAACCAUCACGUGGGUUUCGCCGAGUUUUACGCGGUGUUCGCCAAUUUUCUCCUUCACAUGUGGCGAAGUUAUUACUCCCUGUGAAAACUUAUUUUUCACCGUCGCGCGCGCCAAGUUCAUAUAUCGCGCGCGAGUGUCAACCUCGAUGAUAUUCCCAUCGAUAUCCGCGCGAUAACGUGCUUCAAAGCGACCUCGACGAGAUACGAGUUCUCACGAUUCAUUCGCUCAUUCAUUCGUACAUACACGACGUCAUUACUACAUGAAACACACGAACUGUGAACACUGAAUGAAUUUGUGUCAGUAUUACAACGCUAAAUAAACUGAAU